UUAUGUUCUCUACUUCCUGAUUCACACCCAUAGCAAAAUCAAACCAAUAAAAGCAAGAUUUUUGACGAUGAUUCUCCUUGAAAAAAAGAACAGGAUUGUCGAGGAUGCUCUCUUGAGCCGAUUCGAAAAUGUUAAAGCCAAAAAUAAACCUGAACGAAUAGACAUCAAGGUAGCUGAUUUUGAUGGCGUCCUUUACCACAUUGGCAACCCGGAUGGGGACAAGACAAAAAUAACAGUGAGCAUUGCACUCAAGUUUUACAAGGAACUUCAAGCUCAUGGUGCUGAUGAGCUCAUCAAGAGGGAAUAUUCUCCGUACCUGGUGAACCCCGAACCAGGCUAUGACAUCACUGUUAUGUUCGACUUGGAGAACCUCCCUGACAACCACGAAGUUUGGGUGGAAAAAUGUGGCCUAUUGAAAAGGAAUUGCUUUGCGUCCGUGUUUGAGACAUACUUUGAACAUCAGGCCCGUGGAGAAACCAGCACCAAACAGGCUGUCAUUCAUUACAGGGAUGAUGAAGUCAUGUAUGUGAGUGCCAUGGAGGAUAGAGUCACUGUGAUCUUCAAUACUGUUUUCAAAGGGGACGAUGAUAUUAUUAUUGGAAAGAUCUUCAUGCAGGAAUUUAAAGAGGGUCGUCGAGCAAGUCAGACAGCUCCUCAGGUUCUGUUCAGCACUGAUCCCCCACGAGAAUUGGAAGGCAGUGAAGAAGUCCAGGUUGGAGCCAUGAACUCCUUCAUCACAUUUGUUCUCUUUCCCCGUCACACAAACCCUGCUGCUCGAGAACAAACAAUCGACCUCAUACACAUGUUCCGCAAUUAUCUUCAUUACCAUAUUAAGUGUGCUAAGGCUUACAUCCAUUCCCAUAUGCGUGCUAAAACAUCGGACUUCCUUAAAGUUCUUAACCGUGCCAAGCAGGCCAAUAAUUCAUCAGAUGGAAAGAAAACAACUAUGUCAGGAAAACAGUUGCUAACGAAGAUCGCACCAAAAAUAAAAUGAUCUGUUGGCAAGACAUUCUCUGUGAAGUGCUAGGGUCAAAUGUGAUCCUCUACCAACAUACUGGUAACAAAAAUGACAUUUUAAAGUUUUGGACCAACCUGAUUUAUCUUCUAGUGGAGGACGUAGGCAUUCAUCUAUAGCUGUGGACUGCAAUGGUCUUUAGUCUAGAGGAUUUGUGCACUUGACUUGCCAGUAGGAGAAAAUAAUCAAGAACUUAGUGCAUGAGACUGAAUAUAAACCGGAACCUGCAUGCAUGGAACUCAAGCAACUCUUUUUUUCUGAAGUUCAAAACUGACAUGGCUGACAUACCUUUGUUUUCAUUGAACAGAAUUUUAGACCAGGGAGCAAAGAUAUUAAAGGAGUUAAAAAGAAUUUGAUUUGAAAUGAUAUACGAAGGGUUCUACUUAAUUUUGUGUAUACUUUGAGAGUUAUGCUACAGUGCCUCUUUGGACGGGUUGAAGAUCUACAUGUAGAUACCAUCUUCAUUGUCGUGUUUUGGGAGGGCAUGUACAGAGUCAUUAUGAGCUUUUGAGUUUGAAGAAAAUUCAAACACAUUUGAGUAACUUAUUGUUAACAUUGUAACAUCCGGUCAUGUUGGUCAAACAAUUGGGAUUUGGGUUUAUACUGGACAAUAGGUUUAACAAGAAUUAUUAUCAGUUAUAGGAAAUAAGACUAGUAAAUGCUUUUCUUCAGUUAAAAUGCAGUUUCACAAAAUUAUAUUUUGAAUGUAUAAUGUACUUAGAGAAAAGUGUAUAGUCGUUUGAAGUUAAUCAAGAGUAACAUUUUAAGAACAAGUAUUGGUCUACUCUUAUUGUCCAUUUGUUUCAUUUUGAGAAGCAUAAGAUCAUGUGGCGUUUAUGAUGGGAUGGGAGUUUGACUGAAAAUUACUUGUAAUUCCUUAUUCCUAAAAAAAUUGUCAUCUGAUGGAUGUAGGUCCUUCGAAGGUAGGACAAUUCAAUAUUGAAUUUACAAUGUGUAUAUAUGGAUCUUGAGCUUUUUAAAUACACUUCUAUUGUACA